AUGUGGACGAAUAUUUUGCUUUCCGUCCUAGUUAUAAUUUUAAUAAUUUUUGCGGUUUACUUUUGCUGCUGUGUGAGUGCUGCACUAAUUCGGUUUAUACUUGAGCCUACCAUCGCUUUAUGUAAUUGUACCACCAGGCUAGAUGGCAAAACAGCUUUGGUGACAGGUGGUAACUCUGGCAUUGGCUUCGAAACAGCAAAAGAUUUAGCAAAGCGAGGCGCCAGGGUAAUAAUUGCAGACAUUAACAACGCUGAAACAGCUGUUGCAAAUAUUAUUCAGUCCACUGAUAAUCCAAACGUGCAAUACAUGCAUAUAGAUCUAUCUAAAUUCAGCAAUAUACGAUUGUUUGCUGAUAAAUUUAACAAGACUGUGGAUCAAUUAGAUAUUCUCGUAAACAAUGCGGGUUGUCUUCUGAUUAAGAAAUUCACAACAGAUGACGGGAUGGAUUUAACAAUGCAAGUCAAUUACCUCGGACCCUUCUUGAUGACAAAAUUAAUCAUGGAGAAAUUAUUGAAAUCACCUCAAUGUAGAAUCGUUAAUGUAACUUCAGCUGUUUAUAUUAUAGGAAGUGUGGAUUUUGAAGAUUUGUCGGGAAGUCGGGAAUGGUGA